AUGUCUCAGAAUCACAGUGAGCCCAAACUUCCUUCCAGUGCUUUCUGUUUUCCAAAACUUGCAGGAGCUCCUCUGCAUCUGAACAAGAAGCUAAGAGUUGAGGAAUACUGUGAGCUCGCUUCGUCCAGCCUCCUGCCCGGAGCAGCAAACGUAUGUUCCCUCCCAGGGUCUUUGGGCCUCAGCCUGCAGACCUCCAGCGACAGGGCGCACUGCCGUUCAGGUGAGGGACUGGGACACGUCGGGACAGAGGGGAGCAAAGACCCAACUUGGUCAUCACGCCGCUCACAGUCUGGUGAGGUCAAGAGGUGGCAGGUGACCCCCAGGCCACACUGCAGCGAGCGCCACGCAAGCCCUGUGGGGACCAGCGUGGGCCAGGUGAGCGCCGGGCAGAGCGCCAGGCAGAGCGCCAGGGGAGAAGGAAGCCCCCGCCCCAGUGGCCCUGGAGAGGGAGACACUGUGGCUUCACCACCGGGCACGGCAUCAACAGCUUUUGAGCUUCCCAGCUGGCGAGGAUGGCGGCUGCCACGGAGGCUGAAGAAGGGGCCCCGAGACUGGGGAGGGGAGCCAGAGGUGGGAAGAAGGGGUCUGCGCCUCCGCCCCGCCACCCCCGGCCUGCUGCCCGGUACCCACAUCGGCAUCCCCGAGGGGCCACCACGGCCUCCACGGCAGCCCUGGCUGCCCCGCGGCUCCUGGCACAGCUCCUGCCACCUGACUCUUGCCGGUGCUGCCAGGGCUGCUCUCUUCCUUCCAGAGGGAGGAACAGGAGGAAGAGAAGAAGAAAGCAGGGGCUUGCCCAGCUCAGGGUCAGAGCGCUCAGGGUGCAGACCCGGGAGCAGCCCCCAGCCCCCCACACCCUCCCUGUGAGCCGAGCCUCCUCCUCGGGCAUAAGCAGCGGCAUCCGUCCCAGAGCCCCGCGGGGAUCGGUCGGUCCGAGGACUGGGGGGCCCCUCCCAGGUGUGGGUCCCGAUCCCAGCCCCUCCUCACCGGCCUCACUCCCUCCGGGUAAGGGGCUAACUCCUCGGUGCCGCGGGGUCCCUUCUGUACAACGGGGUGAAGACGCCAACUUGCAGGGCUGGAAUCAAGACUCAGUGAGACAAUAUACGCACAGGGCCUGGUGUGUGAACACCUGAUAAACGGCCACAUGAUGUUGGCAUCUGUCAUCUUGCUUAGUCCGGUUGUGCGAACGCCAUGUUCUCCCCAGUGGUGCCCCCCCUGAGAGGGGACCCGGCUGUACCGAGCUGUCCCCUCCUUGAGUUCCAGAGUCCAAAUAAACUGCCGCGGCAGCGCCAAGACCAGCUUCCUCAGUGCCAGGAAGGAGGGCACACAGGCGCCGGGCCUGGGCCCUCUGCCCCAGGGACAGACGGCUUGAUUUGGGGGCCUUAUGCUGCGAGCCUGCACCCUAGGUCCCAGAGCCAGACUCUGCGGCUCUGCCCACCCUGUCCUUCCUCACCAGCUGAUUCUGUGAAGCAAACACUCACUGAGUGCCCUCUUAUGAGAGCAGACCCUGGGGUCGGGCAGAUUGUGCUCAAAUUCCAGCUCUCUCCUGGUUGGUGUGUCCUCAGAUGAGCUACUUUACUUCUUUGAGCCUCAGUUUCCUCUUCUGUAAGAUGGGGACAAUAAUACUUUCUUCAAAGGGGCCUUGUGAAGACUGGAUGAGUUUACUAGGCAGGAUGG